AUGGAUUCACUGAUGCACAAGUCAGCUCAUACUGAAAUUAAUUAUUUACAUUUUUGCAAAGUGCCAUCCCACCAACAGAUGGAACAUACUGAUUUUCACAGUGCAAGAUGUCGUAUACUUGGAACCUUGACAUCCGUUCUGACAGUGUACCUAGGAGUUCAUGCUGGUAGAAUCCUUCAGUGCUAUAACUGCACUUUUAUGAGAAUCUCCCGCUGGUUGUCAUGGGGAGUGGUUACUGGCAUAUUAGCUGGAAUCCUCUGUCAUUUCUCGAAAGAAGAUGGAAUCAUCCCAGUCAAUAAGAGUCUCUGGUCCCUAUCAUUUGUGCUGGCAACUGCAAGCAUUGCUUUCCUUUUGCUUAGCUUAUUGUACUUUGUGGCAGACUAUCAUGACUGGUGGAGUGGAGCUCCAUUCCUAUAUGCAGGCAUGAAUUCACUGGCACUAUUUGUUGGCCAUAAGAUGACAAGGCAUGUGUUUCCAUGGAGCUGGAAACCUUUCUACAAUAAUCAUUCUGAGCUGUUGGCCAUGGAUAUAUGGGGUACUGCUCUGUGGUUAAUAAUAGCAUAUUUUAUGUAUCGAAAAAAUUGCUUUGUGACUGUCUGAGAAAUGUUACUAAGAGACUGAUUUUAAAUUAUAUACAUGACACACAGGCAUGAUAUGAGAUGAAUACUCAAGGAUAUAGCUUGUGCAUUAUUUAUUGUCAGUGAGUAGUCUACUACAAGAUACACAAGAA